AUGUCAAGAGUCCCGAGUCCCCCACCCCCUGCGGAAAUGUCCAGCGGGCCUGUGGCGGAGAGCUGGUGCUACACUCAGGUAAGAGACAGGUGGAGGUGUGGGGUUGGGGAUUAUAAUAAUUAUUUCAUUUCUCAGGAGGUCAAAGCAUGCAUCUCUUCACUCUCUAAAAAAUGCGGGUCCUUAUGUACCCAAAGAAAUGUAUCAACAUGUUGGGCAUACUUAAAUAUUUCCAAUAUAUUGCUUCCCAUCUCUGGUUGCAUCCCCCCCCCCCCACAGAUCAAAGUGGUAAAAUUCUCCUACAUGUGGACCAUCAACAACUUCAGCUUCUGUCGCGAGGAGAUGGGCGAGGUCAUUAAGAGCUCCACCUUCUCCUCAGGAGCCAAUGACAAGCUCAAAUGGUGCGUGCUGGACAAUAUUUUGUAUUUGUUAUGAAUGAAGAUCAGAAUUCUACACAAUGACUAAGGCAUUAUCUCCAGAUGUUGUUGGUUGGAGAGUUAGCAACGGCACCAGUGCAAGCAGCCCAACUCUUGUGACAAUGGUAGCUAACCGCUUUGAUGAGAAUGCUAACUGUGUUUAACUGUUGAGUAUUGACUGUUCACUCGCUCAUAAUGCUAACAGGUGUCUGCGGGUGAACCCUAAAGGGCUGGAUGAGGAGAGCAAAGACUACCUGUCCCUCUACUUGCUCCUGGUUAGCUGUCCCAAGGCUGAGGUGCGUGCCAAGUUCAAGUUCUCCAUCCUCAACGCAAAGGGAGAGGAGACCAAAGCCAUGGGUGAGUGGGGUUUGCAGUAGCCUCUCUGAUAGAGAGCUCUGAGAAUAGGAUGGGUGUGCCGAGUACUCGGAUAAAACGAAUAUCGUAACAUAUAUGGGAAAUUUUCCGCGUACAAUUGUGAUACAAGUAUUUUCGUGAUACAAGUAUUUUCGUGAUUGGAAAUAAAUAAUUUUCAGCUGCCAGCAUGCAUCUGUCUCAAGUCAGAGAUGCUGCAUGCUCUUAAUGACUCAAUUGUAUAGUUAUGUCUGUAAGAAAUGGGUGGGCUGUAUGUUGAUGCUGCUGCUACGAUUGGAUGGAGCGCAGCUGUAACGCUCUUCAGCUCCUCAUUGCAUGACGAUUUCUAAAGUCAGUUCUCCUCGCAUGUUUUGCUCCGAUCAUUUAGAUUGUUGCUGCCAGCUGUUUAUAUGAUAAAAAUCAGUGGGCAAGGACGUUUGCCAGUAAGCUAACAAUGUGUAAAAUAUCUAAAAAGCGGAGCGAAGGUAGAUCAAAAAGAUGAAACUCAUGAUGUGCGAGUGACAGCAAAAAUGCCUGCUGCAAGUUCUAAGAACACACACACACACCUCCGCUGCUCCUGGAGCUUUUUGUGGUCUAUAAACGUGCAAGGAGACUAUUAGGUAGGUCUAGGCUAUUGCCAAUAACCAUUUUAAAGCAUUUUAGGCAUUAAGUUUUUCCUAUUACAAGUAUCAUCCAAUCUAUCAACUGCCAAUUUCGGAUACGAUUACGAAUAUGAGCAUGGCCAGAUCGGCAAACCCCUAUAGAAUAGUGUGCCUGAACAUUUUUGUCGUUGAUCUCUCUCUCUCUUGUCGACAUUGCAAUUCAGCUUUUAGCUGCAAAUGUGUACAUCAUGAAAUAAAAAGUCGAUUUGCAAAUGGUUUUAAAGUAUUACUAAGACAACCUUUAGUGGGCCAAAUCAAAUCAGCUCACCGGCCAGAUUUGGCUCGUGGGCCGCCUGCCGGUUGAAAACCCUUACUCUAGUUCAACACAUGAGUCUAUUUAUAAAUAGAAGUGUUUCUCACAAACGUUUCCUCUCUCCUUGGCUCUGCAGAAAGCCAGAGAGCGUAUCGGUUUGUCCAGGGGAAGGACUGGGGCUUUAAGAAGUUCAUCCGCCGAGACUUCCUGUUGGACGAGGCCAACGGUCUUCUGCCUGAUGACAAGCUCACCUUGUUCUGUGAGGUAAGACCCUGUUCCACUAAAUGAGAAAGGCUUAAAAGAGGACAUUUUCCUGUCAAAUAAUUAAUCAUCUUUAGACAUUAGGCUAUUUUUCAGGUCUGAAAACAUCUGACGAACUUAAAUUUUGUAGUGAAAUGUUCCUUUAAACAAGAAGAUGGGAAAAUUCAGGAGUGUACAGACUGAUCCUUUUGUGUUAAUUUCAGGUGGCCUGGUUUAGAUUCCCCCUGUAUCUCAGCUAUUCAUGUCUCUCUGAGGUUUGGUGGGCUGCUACAGUUGUCAUUGUUUUAAGUGAUUUAGGUGUUUUUGGGCGGUUGAUAUGGCUGUCUUUGUUUCAUUGGAGCACAUUAGUUAAUAUAAACGUCUCUUUUUGAUGUGAUUCGUUUGAUCAUUGGGUAAAGCGUCUAUCAUAGUCCAAAAUGUGUACGCACAGCAGUGUUCUAGAAUAUUGGACUGUUGGCUUUCAUACUUUUCGAUUUCUCAACGCAGCUCAAGCUAUUUUUCCAACUGUCAACAGGACUCGUACCGGAGCUGCGUUGGUUGGGAAUUGUGGGGAGGUGCAUGUUCGGGCUAUGCGUCCCCCACGGAUGGUGGUCUCAGAGCCGCGUAGCUACAGUGGGGAAAAAAAGUAUUUAGUCAGCCACCAAUUGUGCAAGUUCUCCCACUUAAAAAGAUGAGAGAGGCCUGUAAUUUUCAUCAUAGGUACACGUCAACUAUGACAGACAAAAUGAGAUUUUUUUUCUCCAGAAAAUCACAUUGUAGGAUUUUUAAUGAAUUUAUUUGCAAAUUAUGGUGGAAAAUAAGUAUUUGGUCAAUAACUAAAGUUUCUCAAUACUUUGUUAUAUGCCCUUUGUUGGCAAUGACACAGGUCAAACGUUUUCUGUAAGUCUUCACAAGGUUUUCACACACUGUUGCUGGUAUUUUGGCCCAUUCCUCCAUGCAGAUCUCCUCUAGAGCAGUGAUGUUUUGGGGCUGUCGCUGGGCAACACAGACUUUCAACUCCCUCCAAAGAUUUUCUAUGGGGUUGAGAUCUGGAGACUGGCUAGGCCACUCCAGGACCUUGAAAUGCUUCUUACGAAGCCACUCCUUCGUUGCCCGGGCGGUGUGUUUGGGAUCAUUGUCAUGCUGAAAGACCCAGCCACGUUUCAUCUUCAAUGCCCUUGCUGAUAGAAGGAGGUUUUCACUAAAAAUCUCACGAUACAUGGCCCCAUUCAUUCUUUCCUUUACACGGAUCAGUCAUCCUGGUCCCUUUGCAGAAAGACAGCCCCAAAGCAUGAUGUUUCCACCCCCAUGCUUCACAGUAGGUAUGGUGUUCUUUGGAUGCAACUCAGCAUUCUUUGUCCUCCAAACACGACGAGUUGAGUUUUUACCAAAAAGUUCUAUUUUGGUUUCAUCUGACCAUAUGACAUUCUCCCAAUCCUCUUCUGGAUCAUCCAAAUGCACUCUAGCAAAUUUCAGACGGGCCUGGACAUGUACUGGCUUAAGCAGGGGGACACGUCUCGCACUGCAGGAUUUGAGUCCCUGGCGGCGUAGUGUGUUACUGAUGGUAGGCUUUGUUACUUUGGUCCCAGCUCUCUGCAGGUCAUUCACUAGGUCCCCCCGUGUGGUUCUGGGAUUUUUGCUCACCGUUCUUGUGAUCAUUUUGACCCCACGGGGUGAGAUCUUGAGUGGAGCCCCAGAUCGAGGGAGAUUAUCAGUGGUCUUGUAUGUCUUCCAUUUCCUAAUAAUUGCUCCCACAGUUGAUUUCUUCAAACCAAGCUGCUUACCUAUUGCAGAUUCAGUCUUCCCAGCCUGGUGCAGGUCUACAAUUUUGUUUCUGGUGUCCUUUGACAGCUCUUUGGUCUUGGCCAUAGUGGAGUUUGGAGUGUGACUGUUUGAGGUUGUGGACAGGUGUCUUUUAGACUGAUAACAAGUUCAAACAGGUGCCAUUAAUACAGGUAACGAGUGGAGGACAGAGGAGCCUCUUAAAGAAGAAGUUACAGGUCUGUGAGAGCCAGAACUCUUGCUUGUUUGUAGGUGACCAAAUACUUAUUUUCCACCAUAAUUUGCAAAUAAAUUCAUUAAAAAUCCUACAAUGUGAUUUUCUGGAUUUCUUUUCUCAUUUUGUCUGUCAUAGUUGACAUGUACCUAUGAUUAAAAUUACAGGCCUCUCUCAUCUUUUUAAGUGGGAGAACUUGCACAAUUGGUGGCUGACUAAAUACUUUUUUUCCCCACUGUAUGUCACAAUGGGACGCCGAACUAUCGCUUCUCAGUGUCUGUGGACUUUGAUUUAUGCUUAAGGCAGUAUGUAUUUAGACAGAGCAGCUUUAGUGUCUUCACAUUGUUGAUAAUUGUGACCAGGUUGGUUUGGUGGGCUAACUCUCUGGCUGCGUUUAGACAGGCAGCCAGGCCAAUUCUGAUAUUUUUUUCACUAAUUGGUCAAAAGAACUGAUGUGAAAACACCAAUUAGUUGAAAAAAUAUUAGAAUUGGGCUGCCUGUCUAAACGCAGCCUCUGUUUUCUCAAGGUGAGUGUGGUGCAGGACUCGGUGAACAUCUCGGGUCAGAACACCAUGAACAUGGUGAAGGUGCCUGACUGCAGACUGGCUGAUGAGCUGGGUGGGCUGUGGGAGAACUCGCGCUUCACCGACUGCUCCCUGUGUGUGGCCGGGCAGGAGUUCCAGGCCCACAAAGCCAUAUUAGCAGGUACAAACAGAACACACACACAUUCAUAAAAUGCAGACACCUCCAAUUUCUAUUGAGGCCCAGUGGCAUAAUCUAAUCUUUUAAUCUAAAGAAAUAUUUGUAUUUUCCUCAGCACGCUCUCCUGUGUUCAGUGCAAUGUUUGAGCAUGAGAUGGAGGAGAGUAAAAAGGUGAGUCUGAGGCCCCUUUCCUCAAUCUUCCUUCACCUGGAUCCUCUUAACAUGUUUGUAUGUCCCAAAAUAUAUCAGUGCGGGUUAAGAGUAGCCAUCUUUUUUUUCUUUUUUCUUUUUAGCUUUAUUUAGCCAUGUAAAUCAUUGAGAACAAAUCCUCUUUUACAAUAUUGACUUCAAAUUCAUGUUUGUUUUUUGUUCUUGGCUUAACACGUUUGUGUAAAAAAAAGGUUGUUUCACUAUUGUAUUCCCUCUCUGCUGGUGUAAUGGCAUAAUGUAACAAAUAGAAUGCAGACACACUUAUAGUAUCUGCAGCGACUUACUGUCAGUUCAUAGUGAAAGGUGUUUUGUAGCCCGUUCUAUUGCACAAGGCCGUUUGACGAAACCAAACAAGAGGGUUUCUAAAAUAAAAUAAUCUCUCACUAUACGCAAGGUCAACAUUUCAUCCUUUGCUGUCAAAGCAGCGCGAGCCCAGGAAUUGCUUUUCUUCUCCUUUGUGUGCUUGCAACAAUAAGAAAUACAAUUGUGAGAGAUGCCUCAACCAUUCUGAAAUUCAAAAAGGUCAUUUUUCAGUCGUGGAGCAAGGUUUUGUCCACCUUGCAAUUUCAGACACAUUGGUCAAUGAAGAGCAAGGAGGGGGAAGACACGGAAAUCUAUUUUCUCUGAUGUUUUAGUGGUAUUUCCUAUUUUGUAAUUGAAAGGGCAGCUCUCAAAGUUCCCCACGAACAUGUAUCAUGCACAUGUUGUGCAUUAUUCCUCUUCUGCUUCUUCUCACAUGGAUCAAUAAUAAACUACUAAAAACACGUGCAAUUUACAUGUAUCUCUCUCUGGCUUUCUCCUUCCCCCUUUCUCUCUCUUCCUCACCGUCUUUCUCGCGCGCUCGCCGUCUCUCCACCUCUCUCUCUACCUCUCCACCUCUUUAGAACCGAGUGGAGAUCAACGACGUGGAGCCAGAGGUCUUCAAGGAGAUGAUGUGUUUCAUCUACACAGACAAGGCCCCCAACUUGGACAAGAUGGCUGACGACCUUCUAGCAGCCGCUGACAAGGUAGGGUGAAUUUGCCCAUUGAUCAGUGUUUCGCAGUCUUGGUCCUGGGGACCCUAAGGGGUGCACAUUUUUGUUUUUGCCCUAGCACUACACAGCUGAUUCAAAUAAUCAACUCAUUAUUAAGCUUUUAUUAUUUGAAUCCGCUGUGUAGUGCUAGGGGAAAAACUCAACGUGCAGCUGAUCCUAGAUCUGUACCUAGGCGAAACCUCACCCCGUAGUGACAAGGAAGCAUCAAAUCAAAGUUUAUUGGUCGCGUACACAGUUUAGCAGAUGUUAUAGCAGGUGCAGCAAAAUGCUUAUGUUACUAGCGCCUAACAAUGCAGUCAAAUGUCAAGACAGGUACACAAAUAAUCUAUUAAAUAAAACAAAAAAAGAAAGAACAACAACUCAAGAAAUGUUGGAACGAAUCCAAUUAACAACCCAAGUAGCACUGUAACAGUAAUCCAAAUGCAAUCUAUACCUAUCUACACCAGAUUAAUUUACACAAGAUGUACUAGGAAUGAUAUGUACAGCAGUGGAUACAGUACAUUAGUAAGCGCAAGAAUACAGAAUAUAAAUAAAUAUGCGCUGUGUAUAAACUAUUUAAUUAAAAUGCAAUGUACGGUAGUAGAAAUAUUAGAAUGAGCUAUGUCAAGAAUACAGUAUACACUACCCCCAUAGCAAAAUGGAUAGAAUUGCAGGGUGUUGGGCUGACCGCACCACCCUCUGGAGAGCCCUGCGGUUACGGACGGUGAAAUUGCCGUACAAGGCAGUGACACAGCCCAACAGGAUGCUCUCAAUGGUGCAUCUGUAGAAGUUUGUGAGGGUCUUAGGGACCAAGACAAAUUUAUUCAGCCUACUGAGGUGCCUUCUUCACUACACUGUCUUUGUAAAGGCACCAUCGUUCCUUUUUAAACCUCUGAAAUCUUUAAUUAAUAAUCUCAAUUUUAUCUUUAGUUUUCUGGCUGAGUAAGUAGCCUAUAAUGACCUACUCUCCAUACACAAAUAGUUACAUUUUAACUUGACAAUAUCAUUUACAUAGAUUGUUUGGAGGGGGAAAAAUUUGUUAGUUAGCGAUUUUGAACAGUCAGCAGUCUAUUGUUGUAGGGCACUAUAAAAUCAUAUAUUUUGCUAAAUUCAGUUUUCCUGGUAUAGUUUUUCAAGGUUUCCGAGUUUUCACUCUCCCACUUUUUAAUAGAAAAAAUACAAAUUGGAUGUUCUAAGUGCACGACAUCAGGAGACCAUUUUUGAGGUCUGGGAACAAUAAAAUAAAAUAAACAUUUGGGAGGUGUAGUUGUCCUUUAAUUCAAUUGUGCACCUAGCAAGAUACCUUUGUUUGGCUAGCUGUGUUUUUGUACUGUACAAUGUACAGCGUAGGCUACAUGUGACGGCAGAGUUUGCAAAACCAAUGCCCCAAGAUUGAUAAAAAUCAUCAUGAUAUCAUUAUGCCAGGUAGGCCUACUUUGCAGUCAACAUUUAAUUGGGAAGAUUUUGGGGGAAAGCGUUGAAAUGUUAAUUCAAACAGAGAAUGAUGACUGAAUUGCGCAUCGUAAAGACUCACCCAAGACUUCAGACCAAACUUUUCGAAUUCUGUGAGCUGCUCCACGCGACAACAUUUACAUUUACAUUUUAGUCAUUUAGCAGACGCUCUUAUCCAGAGCGACUUACAGGAGCAAUUAGGGUUAAGUGCCUUGCUCAAGGUCACAUCGACAGAUUUUUCACCUAGUCGGCUCGGGGAUUAGAACCAGCGACCUUUCGGUUACUGGCACAACGCUCUUAACCACUAACCACAACCAGUUGAGAGCUGCACGCUCUUGCUACCUGACAGAUUAUUCAGCUCAAACUAGGUUAUGUGUGCGGCGUGAGUGUGAUACAUAAUCUACAAAACAAACUUAACGGCUUCAGGAAUUCGUCAGUUUUUUUCAUCAAUUAUUUAGCCUAGAUUGAAAAUGGCAUUAUUACAAAAAAAAUGUCACAGGCCCAAGCGGGCCUCUGACAUGGAUGAUUGACUGGCCUGGAGGGUUGUCGAGCCCUUUACAAUACCCAUGAAAGGUUCUAAUGGAAAGAUUGUCUGUAAAAACCCUUUUGCCCCCACCUGAGCACAUUGCCUGCCACUUAGAAUAACUAUUUUCAUAGAAGAUUAAUUUUUAUUAGUAUUUUGUUAAUCUGUUUGUCCUCAUUUCAUGUUCUCUCUCUCUCUCUCUCUCUCUCUCUCUCUCUCUCUCUCUCUCUCUCUCUCUCUCUCUCUCUCUCUCUCUCUCUCUCUCUCUCUGUCUCUGUCUCUGUCUCUGUCUCUGUCUCUGUCUCUGUCUGUGUCAGUAUGCUCUUGAGAGGCUGAAAGUGAUGUGUGAGGAUGCGCUGUGCACCAGUCUGUCUGUGGAGAACGCUGCAGAGAUCCUCAUCCUGGCAGACCUGCACAGCGCCGACCAGCUCAAAACACAGGCUGUGGACUUCAUCAACUAGUGAGUUAACUACUGUACUGUGUGUGUUCGUGGGGGGGGGGGGGUAGCAGUCUCCUAUACUAGUGUUUCUUAAUGUUUCACCCACAUGUGGGGUGCACAUUUUAGUUUUUUUUUUUUUAUUGUCUCUCCCCUCCUGUCUCUAGCCAUGCUGCCGAGGUGAUGGAGACGGCGGGCUGGAAGUCCAUGGUGGCAUCCCAUCCUCACCUGGUGGCCGAAGCUUACCGCUCGCUGGCCUCGGCCCAGUGCCCCUUCCUGGGGCCGCCCCGGAAGCGCCUCAAACAGUCUUAA